GGGUGAUAAAAGGAAAGAAGAAAAGAGGGCUGAGGCCGUAAUCGAUCACCGGGAAGUUAACCGAGAUUUAUCUCCUACCAUCACCGGAUUGUAACCGUAUCCGAUCGGCGUGCUUCCAUUUUGAUUAUGGUCAUGUCUUCUGAUCGAUCAAGUCUGAAGAACUGAGCGGAUUGAUUCAGAAGUCUCGGAAUCGAAAAUUAUUAGGGUUCUUUUUGUGCCUUAAAGGCCUCCAAAUCUAGUGAAGUGUUGGUUAGGCGACCGUUGAAGAUUGAAGAUAUAAAAGGACAAUGGGAGGAUAUGAUUUAGAUGAAUAUGAAGAGUAUGAAGAUGAAGGUGAAGACCAGGAAGAAGAGGUUGGUGAAUAUGAAGAAGAAGAUGAAGAGGAUCGGUUGCCUACACAGGAAGAAUUGGAAUACCUUGAAUUGAGACAAAAAUUGAAGGACUCUAUUAGAAAGAAGAUGAAGAAGGAUUCAGGUUCCGGACUUGCCAAUUUGCGGGAGAAAAAGAAGAAAAUGCCCUAUGACAACUUUGGGUCCUUUUUUGGGCCUUCACAACCAGUCAUUGCUCAAAGAGUAAUUCAAGAAAGCAAGUCACUGUUGGAGAAUCCACAUUUGGCGGCAAGGGUUCCAAAACCCAAGAAUGUUCAACAGCAGCAGCAGCAGCAGCAGCAGAACAAGGGUGGUUCUUCAACUCCAGCAGGUUCCAAGCCUCGACCCAGUGGGCAGCCACGAAAAGUAGACAAUUGGGCAAAACCUAAAGCGAAAAUCCAGAUGCUUAAGGAUACGAGAGAUUACUCAUUUCUAUUGUCGGAUGAUGCUGACCUUCCAGUUCCUAUAAAGAAUCCUCCCAAAAGUGUGUCUGCUCCAAAACCCGAGGCGCAUUCGUCACAAAGACAACUGAAUAAUAGUGCUAGAAAAGUGAUUAAUGGUCGUGAUGAGAGGAGGCCCUUGCCUACAUCUAGCCAAAUGCGAGCAAAAGCAGUUCCACAGAGUCAGAGGCCUAGUACUUCCAGUAAAGCAACUCCUACAUCGCUAGAAUCUAGGAAACAACUUGGUAGAAAUGAAGGGAGUGGUCCUGGCCGGCCGUUAGGACAGAGACCGUUACCCUCAAAGAUGCCAGUGGCCAACAAACAAAAAGUGCUUUCUCCAUCAGUUAGUAGAGGUUCCAUACCCACUGGGCACAAACCUCUUCCUUCCAGGCCGCUACCAGCAACUCACAAGAAACCCUUGGAACACAAGAGGGAUGAUCGGGGACCCAGCAAGGGGAACGUGAUUAGAAAGCCCGUGCCCAUGUUGUCUUCUAAGCCUCAGAUAAAGCAACAACCAGCGAGACCUCCAGCUAGUGCACAGCAAAAGCCACGGCCACAAAAAAGACCAGCGCGGCCAUUCGAUGAUGAUGAUGAAGAUGAGAACGCCAUCAGUAUGAUCAGAAGCAUGUUUGGAUAUAAUCCCAACAGAUACCGUGGUGCUAAUGAUGAUGAUGAUAGUGACAUGGAGGCUGGUUUUGAUGACAUUAUGCGGGAGGAGAAACGCAGUGCGAGGAUUGCUGCGAAGGAAGACGAAGAAGAGCUUAAGAAAAUUGAAGAAGAAGAACGGAGGGAACGGAUGAGAAAGGAGGCGAAGAAACGGAAGCUUAGCCAACGAUAACGUCGGAACAAUGGUACCGAAUGUAGGCAAAAUUUCGUGAAAACAACCCUGUUGGUAAUGGUGUGUAAGGAAGGUCAAGGAAGACCUGGCUUUGAUUUCUUUGGGCAAUAGCGACUUUGCAUUAUGCCAAAAUUUUCUCCCAAACCAUCAAGUAGUUAAGAGAUUAUGCAUUAGAAAGUUGCUCAUAAUACUUGUGGGUUUUUUUUAAUCACAGUUUCUAAAUUAGAAGCAUAACUGUUUUUUCCUUACAAUUAUUUGUAUUUCCUUUUCUUUUUAUGUUGGUAUAUUGCUUUA